ACUUGUUAAGUACGAGAGAGGCUAGGUGUGGCACGGUCCAUCCGGGAGCCCGAAGCAACAGCUGCGACUGCCCAGUGUUGUGAGUACAGGAUUAACAGGCCGGGACCUGGGGAAGCCGGAAACGCUCAAAUAGUGUGCGGAAACUGGGGACCGCUCGCACCGUACUGGCGGUGUUGUCGCGGUUGUGUAUUUGCUCAUCGACAACUACCGUGUACCUGUGGUUUGCCGGCUCAGCAGUAGACGGCGGCGAGCGACAAAGCGGGGACAAGCGAGAAAGCCGUUCAAGAACGAGAACACUAUACCGGAUUUGACGGCAACCUGGAGUGCUUAUUCUGCGGGUAGCGAAGAAAGUGGGCGACGGCGGUGUUGCGUGCUGUUGAUGGCACAGCCGACGCCGGCGUUGGUAGAACAGCCUGCGCUUGGCGAUGGAUCAUCCCCGACAACAGUAGUCGCAGCAGCGUCAGCGACGAAGACGGUUAUACCGUGUACACCGAGCGGCCGCGGCGGCGGCACGACUCCCUCCUAUAUUGGGUCUCCUCCGACAAGUCAGGCAGGAUGUCCCGCCGAUGUGCUCCCUCCUCUGAGGGCGGCAGUGACGACAAUGGACGACACCGCGUGCGGCGGCGGUUCGGGCGGCUGCGCCGCCAGCGAACAGGACUUCACGAAGCCCCACGGCGGUUCCGCCACAACCGAAAAGGCCUCUAGCUGCAGCGGCAGCAGCAGGAGCAGCCGCUGCAACAGCUGCAGCCGGGGCGCAUCCGAGGAAGAGAAAAUCGUCGUCGAAGGCUUCGAUUCCGCCCCCUUUGCUGCUGCUGAGAAGGAGGAAGAAGGUGAAGGCAUGGACGGAAGCGGUUCGGGCAGUGAGGUUUCGGGAACUGAUGCGGGCGUCGGGUUAAUGAUGGAGGCAGAUAUGAGGGCGGGGCUGAGCGCGAGAAAAUCGUCGAGAACGUCGACCUUCAGACAGAGCAGCGGGGAUGUGCAAUCGCUCGCUGCUGCGGCUGGGGAGCAGCAGGAGCGCGGAGAGUUGCCGCAGGACCUCGGCAACCCACGCGGAGUCAGUUCCCCCGCAACAGUAGUUCCUGGGCCGUAUUCCGGACUGCGCCCCAAAACUCCCGACCAGAAACACAUCACUUCUUCUUCCCGUCUCAAGCGGGGCUGCGCGGAAGUCUCCUCGCCCAGGCGCCGAGCAUCGACUCCGGCCUCUGCUGCUACGAAUGGUAGUGGCGUCGAAAAAGCGGCAGCGCCAGGGGGGGGCAUUCUUAGACCGCCCGGGGGAGUUGCGCCGAAGCCCCCUCACGGUUCUGCUUUCCCUGCGGAGGCAACCGGAGGGGAGUUGCAGGUGGGGGCGGGCUCUACACCGGGGACGGUUCGGGAUCAUCCCGCCCUCGCUGCGCCCGCGGCGGCGGGGUUGCCUGUGCCCGUCGACGGCAGAGGACGGGCCGGACGAGACUACGGCCCUGGCAUUCCCGUGACCCGUGUCGCAUCGUGGUCAACCUUUGGGGACGAAGGCGGCGACACCAUUUUCGGGAAUGAUCAAGCCGACGCUGCGCGAAGAAGGGGAGAGGGGGGCGAGCGUGGCGAGGAGGGGUCUUCGCAGAUCCGGGUGGCUGGUGAGGGGCUGAGGCGACAGGAGUUGAAAGGCGCUUCCAGUGCGGGGACUCCGGGGCAGGGGGCGAACGACGAUGAAGAGUCUCUUCGGUCGGCAGACUGGGCGACGAACAACCAAAACGGAAAGGCGAGCUUCUUGAGCGACGAGGAUCGUGCGAUAGAGGCGGCUCAGGGGGGGGAUCUGGCCGCCAUGAAGGCGUUCUUGGACGGGGGCGGGGACAUCGAACUUCGCGACUCCCUGGGGGGGAUGACGUUGCUGGCCUGGGCGUCCAGACGGGGACACACGGAGUUGGCCCGACUGCUGCUCUCCAGAGGGGCGUCUGCCACAGCGAGGGACGGGAGGGACAGGACCCCGCUCCACCGCGCUUGCUCGGGCUGCAACCCCGACGUCGUAAAGGCGCUUCUUGAGGCCGGAGCCGAUCCGAAUGCGCGAGACCAGACGUGGAGAACCCCGUUGCACCGGGCGGCUCGAUGGGGAUCACCGGGGUGUUCCACCAUGCUCCUCGAAGCUGGCGCUGACAUUGAGGCUAGAGACAAAGAGCUGGCUCGAACCCCGUUGCACUUUGCGAGCAGAUCGGGAGGGCUGGAGACCACGCUCGUUCUGCUCAACAAUGGCGCCGACUUGGAUGCCAAGACCGUUGCUGGGAAUACCCCAUUGCACUUGGCGUGCGAUCGGGGACUUCUGGGGAACGCGAAGCUAUUGAUGGAGUGGGGGGCAGAUGCCACUGCUAAGAACGAGGCCGGCGCUUUGCCGGCAGAGGUGGCUGCCCCAUGGGUGGAAGACUCGGUAAAGGCUAGCAUGCAGGAGUUGCUGGCGCCUCGAAGCCAGCCUUCGGAGGAGGGCUCCGAUUGUACCUCCCACACCAGACCAACGCCAGCGGUGGUUCGGCCGAGACCGAAAGGAGCAGCGGAGGAAGAAGCGGGGUUAAUGGAGUUCAUCCGAUCGCAACGAAAUUCCGUGGCGGAGUGCCCCGAGUGCCAACGGGAUAUGCUCCGACAGACCCACGCCUCCAACAGCAACGGUGUUCCCAUCGGGGUUUCGAGCGCACACGGUACUUACAGGAUCUCGUCCUCCAGGAGCCCGGGAAAGGUCAAGAUGUGCUCGGCGCAUCGCGCGCGAGCGCAGCCGGGCAAGGGCGGCCUGCCCGGGCUCGACGACGGCUUCCAGCGCGGCGCGCUAGGAGAUGCCAUGCUGGGGGAGGGGAUGAGCGAGUUUCGUCCCCGGAAGGGGAUGGGCAAGAGCCGAAAGAAGCAGCUCUCGGCUAAGAGCAAGUACGAGGGAGGAUGCUGCAGUGUACAGUAGUAGGAAUAGCCCUACCUGCCUUGGUUUUGCAUGGCUGGAGCCGUGUGGCCGGCGAGGUUUGCAGCAGCGUUUCGGAGGAGACAAGGGAAGAAGGGCCAGGACAAGGUGGAAAGGGGUGCAUCCGGUCUUUCGGUAUGGAAUAUGUGUGGGAGCAAACGUCAGUUCGUGCUUUGCCGUCCGGUGUGUUUGUUCAAGGGGUUCACUGACAACCUGUCGGACGAGCUUGGGGGGGUCGUGCUGUGUGUUGUUCAGAUACUUGUCGAGUAUGAGUGCCAAGAGUCCACGGUAUAUUGCGCCUUGUCGUUUUUCGUUGAUGACAUUUGUCACUAUUUCUCGCAGGUCCUGUCUGACAACGGGACCCCCUUAUAUGUGGUGUGCUCAAAUCACAUGUUAGUGUUCGCAUCGUGUUGUCCUGCGUAUUCUAUUUUAUCCAUUUUUAAGGCCUUGUAGAAGUGCCGUGUCGCGCACGCUGACCGAGCGCAAGCUGUUUGUUGUGCAGCAACAGCAGCACCAUUAGGUGGAACGCAGGCAUCCAUGCAUGUUUGUGCCGUGCCUGCGACUGCUCUAGGACUUUUAAGUGUUGGGGACACCCGACGUGUAGCUUUCUCCUACGCGAUAAGCAACAUGCAUGUAGCGGCUUUCUAAAGUCGGGCUGAUGAUCCCCUGGCGAUUAACGGAGAAUUGGUGCAUCACUACUACUGAUAUUUUGUAGACAACUUCUUGUCCAAUAUUCCCGACUCAGAAAACCGUUGGUUUUACGUUUCUGCCGAGUCCAGAAUUAUGUUCCACGUGUUAUGUGUAGCCCAUUCUUCUCCUUGUCUUGUUAGCAUGGAAAGGCGUUGGUUGUCCUUGUAGGUAACGAUGGGUGGUUUGGUGUCACACAUGCAUGUACUUGGCUCAUCCAUCGCGUGUCAUCGAGGGGUGUUUUUUCGUGGGUGUCGAGAGGUGGUUAUGCGUCUGCUGCGGGUUGCCUUUGUAACCUCCCCAUCUGUAGAAACUAGAGCGGAUGUUCUGUUACGGUAGAAGGGGUUCCGCCAUAUGCGUAGUACUCUGUCAGAGUGUAAACUAGCGUAUCGCUCGUGUCGUGCAUAGCGGGUCGAGUGUUAUAGAGUCCAAGAGCCUCGUGUUGUUUUUGAUGCACGCCCAACUCUUGAUAGCCGAUUUUCCAUCGCUCAAGAGUAGAAAGCAGCGGUUGUAUUUCACCCAAAUCUCCUGCAUGUACCAUAAGACCGAUUCAUUGUCGCCCGUAUGUUGGAUGAUGUGAU